UUUAUUCCAGAGUCAAACAAGGUGUCCAUCGCACAAAAACCAACAGAAAAAUGACAUAAGAAAACACAGGAACAGAAACUACAAAAAAAAAAAGAACAUUAAAAAGGCACAAACUAUCUGUGCACAACAAACAGGCUUUUACGCCAAUGGUGCCACAUGCUUGACCUACAUCUAGAACUAUUUUUAGGAUCUGUUAUUUUCAUUUAAAUACUAUUUUCGGACUCAUUUAAUCGACACAUGAACUAUUACAUCAGGUUUCCUAAUAGCGCUUUAAAGGUGGGUAACCCAGAAAGGACAAAUAAUUGACUGGCAGGCAAUAUAACAGCCUCAAGGCAUCAUUAUAGGCUACAUUUAGCCUCUGUAUGGACUUAGCUAAGUAUCUGGUCCACAGGUGAGUAGUGUAAAAUGGUGUGCAAUAUGCCCUGAACAGUGAUAUUUUCACAUGGAAACAGGAUUAUUGUCUGUUUGUGGAUUGGACAGGAGGAUUCGGGAGUUAGUUGUCCGGGCAACGAAGGUUGUGGAUUUUGCCUUCUCAGCGUCAAAUGGGCUCUUGGAGUCUUGUCAGUCGUUUUAUCAGUUAGAUAUCGGGCGUUCUCCGGUGUUCCUUGUGUUGGGACAGAGCGUCCUGCCAUUUGUUGUGGACUGUCCGGGAGAACUGAUUGCAAGAGUCACCCUUCCCGGUCUUAAUGGAUUGGGCGUCGAGUGCCGUCAAUGGCAGCCAUAGAGUUAACUGAGACACUAUUUGGUGGAAGAUUUUGGUCGCAACUUGUUGGUUCCUUUUUGUUUUUUAAUCGUUGACACCUUUUUAAAACGCGUAUCGAUAACCUUUUGAGAUGCAAAGUAAAACGAUAUAUCACCAUUUCGAUAUUUUGCACACUUGGUCUAUUUCGAGGGCGACGACCACAAGCGCCUUUCGUUUCCGCUGGAGCGUUCGAAUGCAGAGUGGAAAGUUUGAUGUUAGCGAGCGAAUUGACGUGUCCAAACCACAACAAGCGCCCACCUUCUUCUAGAAAUGAUCACGUCUAUAUAAGCCGGACUCUUAUCUUCAUCAUCUCCAGAGGUGGCACCAUGAGGAGCACGCAAGUCUUUCUGCUCUGCACGCUUGCAGCUUUGAUGCUUACCAGCGUCUUCUGCAACAAUUCCAGCGGUCCGGAAGAAUGCUGCUUUAAGCACUUCCCUCGAAGACUUCAUUCUAGAAUCUUCAAGACCUAUUUCGUGACUGACAAUCGAUGCCCCAUCAUGAGUGUCAUUUUGGUGACCAAGAAGAACAACAGCAUUUGUGCCAACCCGACUCUCGGCUGGGUUAAAAAUAUCAUGAGAUCUUUGGACAACUCCAACCUCUGAAGGCUCGGAGUGUCAUUCUGCUUCAUUUUCAUGAUGCUAGCUUGCUUAGGCUGAGUUGAGGUUUGUGGGUGGGGCUGUGCAAAACAUGUUGGUGACCCCAAAACGCAGUGUCAGCAAUAAAAUUAACUUACAAAAAUA